AUGGAUGAGGUGGUGGUGGUGGAGAGGAUGUCUCCCUGCGUCCGAUCCCGGAACCGCUUGACGCAAGUGAUGCUGAGCCAGAAGAAGAUUAAGACCAAGCGGAAAAAGCGAAAGGAGUUGGUGUUGAUCCAGAUCUGCCUUUUCAGCGGGCUGCUGCUGGUCGUCAAGGGGCUUUCCCUCCUCACGGAACAUUCAGGCUAUGACGUCUCCGGCCCCAGGUCCCGAGACCAGGAGCUGUGGGGAGGAGGAGGAGGAGGAGGAGGAGGAGGAGGGCGGAGGUUGCUGCAGACGGACAUGAUGGACAACAGCAGUCUGGAGGAGGAGCAGGAGGCCAAGAACUGCACAGCUCCAGCUCUCCAUGAGUUCCCCACAGACCUGUUCACCCACACAGAGAGGACGGAGGGCGCUGUGGCCCUGCACGUGCUAUGUCCAAUCCACAACCACCCAGAACUACCGUUGGUGCUGAAGGCCUUCUUUGAGGGAGAAACAUAUACUUCAUGGGUGUUCAUCACUAAGGGGGACGUAGGGGUGGGCACCAUCGUGGGAUCGGCCGUCUUCAACAUCCUCUGCAUCAUCGGAGUGUGUGGCCUCUUCGCCGGCCAGGCGGUGAGGCUGUCUCAUUGGACGCUGCUCCGGGACUCCAUGUACUACACCUUCUCUAUCGUGGCCCUCAUCGCGUUCAUCUACGAUGAGCAGGUCUGCUGGUGGGAGUCUCUCAUCCUGGUCCUCAUGUACAUGGUGUACAUUCUCAUUAUGAAGUUUAACGGCCGGGCAAGACGCUACUUUGACCGGAGGAAGAAGAGCUCAGCGAACCUGACCAACGGGCUGACGGGUAGCACGGACCUGGAGGACAACGUCAGCUGCGACCCCACCGCUGUCCUGCUCAAGAAAUCCACCUACCCCUGCACGCCAUCCGUGCUGAUGGUGGACGAGCUGCUGUCGGCCUACCCCCACCAGCUCACCUUCUCCGAGGCCGGCAUGAGGAUCAUGAUCACCGACCACUUCUCCCCGCGGACGCGACUCACCAUGGCCUCACGACUGCUCAUCAACGAGAGACAACGGCUGAUCAACACAUCGGAGACGCGCGUCAACCGCAUCACCAACGGCGACUCGGACUCGGCGGCCCGGGCGCCGGAGAGGCGUGGCUUGGAGAACGGGUUGGGCGGGGCCGAGCGGGGGCUGAACGGGCGGGGCCGCGCCCAGGGGGCGGAGCCUGCCAAGGAGGCGGAGAACGAGAACGAGGACAACGACAACAACGCCAACGACGAGGAGGGGGACGGCGAGGAGGGCCACGACGGGCCCCUGGUGCCCUUCAGGAUCCCAGCGGGGGCGUGCAACAAGCUCAAGUGGCUGGCCAUGUGGCCGCUGUGCCUGCUGCUGUUCCUCACCGUGCCCAACUGCAACAAGAAGCCCUGGGAGAAGUGGUUCAUGGUGGCCUUCUUCACGGCCACCGUGUGGAUCGCCGGCCUCUCCUACAUCAUGGUCUGGAUGGUGACGGUCAUCGGGUACACCCUGGGCAUCCCUGAUGUCAUCAUGGGCAUCACCUUCCUGGCCGCUGGCACCAGCGUGCCCGACUGCAUGGCUAGUCUCAUCGUCGCACGCCAAGGUCUGGGAGACAUGGCCAUCUCCAACUCCAUCGGCAGCAAUGUGUUUGACAUCCUGGUGGGCCUGGGGCUGCCCUGGAUGCUGCAGACGCUCUGCGUCGACUACGGCUCCGUGGUCCAUCUCAACAGUAGGGGACUCAUAUUUUCUGUUGUUCUUCUACUGGCCUCAGUGUUCCUCACAGUGGUGGGCGUCCACUUGAACAAGUGGACCCUGGACAAGCGUCUGGGCCUGACCUGCCUGCUCAUGUACUCCAUCUUCCUCUGCUUCUCCAUCCUCAUCGAGUUCAACGUCUUCACCUUCGUCAACCUGCCCAUGUGCUCGGACAUCCACUGACCUGCCUCCGCUUCCUCUUCGCCUCACAUCUCCUUCUUCUUCUUCUUCUGAGACGGAGGACGUCCCACCUGGCUGCUGGUGUCCC